GCGCGUGGGUGUGCCGCGGGGCGGCGCCCCCCCGCCGGGGGCUGCGCGCGCUGCCGACCAGAGCGUCCGCCGUGGACCCCGCCGCGGCCGCGAGGCUGGAGGCGGCGCAGGAGCAGGUGCGCGUCGCGCGGCUGAACCUGCAGCAGCUGCAGGCCCAGCUCGUCGGCCGCAACUGGUUCUCGGAGCCACUGGAGCGCGGCUACAUCGCCCAGGUGAUGGGCCUCUUCGCUCCCGAGAGCUCGAGGGCGAUGCGGCCCCUGCUGGACGCGGCGCUCGGGGAGGUGCUGCCGGAGGCCCGCGACAUGGAGGUGCUCGCCGCUCUCUUGUGCGGCAUGACGAUCGCGCGCCUGCCGCACGAGCCAGCGUGGCGCGCCGUUGGCGACGCCGUCAUCGAGCGCUGCGGCGGAGCCAGCCCCGAGCAGCUGGUGGAGGCGGCGUGGGCCUUUGCGGUGGCCGGGGAGCGCCAGCCCGGACUGUUCGCGGCGCUGAAGGGCGCCAUGGCCCCUCACGUCGGUGGCCACCUGGCAGAGGACCACCGCCGGGUCUUCGCGUGGGCAUGUGCCGAGGUGGGCGAGCACCCCGUGGAGCUGUUCGGGCACCCGGACACGAGAGCUCCCGAGGUUGGUGCAGUCUGGCUGGACCUGGCGGGCGGGACCCCGUGGGCAGGACAGUAUGGUAUCCCAGACAUCUCCGAGUCGCACCACUGGCGUGUCAAAACCACUUCCGUAGAUGUGGGCUGCCAGCGCACCCACACAUGUGCGCGCCGUCACGAUGAGAAAGCAUAG